ACUUGCUAACAUGUAUUGCAGUGUUUGGUUUAUAACCACACAAUAGUGGCUUUGAUUAAUAAUGCUUUAUUAGUUAUAAACACAGACUUACUGAAUAAAUCCUACUUACUCUAUUGAAUGGCUCUCCAUUGCUACAUAAAACCAUUUAAGUAAUUAGAAUACUGCUAUAGUAUUUCUCUGUAUUGUAGACUUGGAGUUGUUAGUUCUCUGUCAGCUUUCCUGAAUUCCUGCAUCGGAUUUCUAUGUGGCCACCACUUGAUACAAAAAGGAACAUGUCCAUUCAAGUUGCAUUUUACGAAGAGAAAGGGCAGGCGUGGUAACACAGAGUUUCAUAGAACUGUAGAGUCAUGAAAGUUGGAAAAAGCUUUGUAAAGAUCAUCCCAAGAAAAGAGGAGGGGUGGGGGAAUGGGUGUGUCUCUCCUUCUGACCUUUGCUGUCCUCUUCUAUGCCAGGUUCAGAGAGAUGAUACUGGAGAGGCAAUAGUCCUUGUGUAUCAAAAGAGUGGAAGAGUAUGCCUGACGAAUGUGGCAUAAGGCAUCUUGCGGAGAGCUCACCUCUGUCUUUUUCUAGAAAAUAUAGGAUGAUUUGGAAAUUUGCCUUGUCCGUUCUUCUGAUGGCAGCACUGGUUCGAGUGACGGACGCCAGGAAAAACCGGCCUGCAGGUGCCAUUCCCUCCCCAUACAAAGGCAGCAGCAGCAACCACUCGGAGCGGAGGCAGCAGCUGAACAAGGAGGUGUUGGCCUCCAGCCAGGAGGCCCUCGUGGUCACCGAGAGGAAGUACCUCAAGAGCGACUGGUGCAAGACGCAGCCGCUGCGGCAGACUGUCAGCGAGGAGGGCUGCAUCAGCCGCACCAUCAUCAACCGCUUCUGCUACGGGCAGUGCAACUCCUUCUACAUCCCGCGGCACGUGAAAAAGGAGGAGGAGUCCUUUCAGUCCUGUGCUUUCUGCAAGCCACACAAGGUCACCUCUUCGACUGUGCAGCUGGAGUGCCCUGAGCUGGACCCACCGUUCCGACUCAAGAAAAUUCAGAAGGUCAAGCAGUGCCGGUGCAUGUCUGUGAAUCUAAACGGCUCAGGCAAACUGUGAGAACAGGCAUGUAGCUGCUGCUUGGUGUUGCCUCCAUCAGCUUUACUGCUGCCUCUCCUCUCCCACUGAGCAGACUGUCUAUUUUGUUGGUUUGUUUCUUCUUUUCCUUUUUUUUUGGUGUUCUGUUUUCUUUCAGGAGGCAUCUCUCCAGCAAGGAAAGUCUCCUUGUCACUUGCCUACUGGAAUAAUGCUUUUUCACGGGAUGUGUUAGGCACUUCACCAUAAAGUUGUAUUGUAUUUUAAAUAUCAUCUGGCAGUUGAAUCUUCUGGAGUGGAGCAGGCUCCCAGAAGUUGGGUUUGCUCAUCUAAGUGACCAGUUGGCUGAAUCCAGCAUUAAAUGUUUCCACUGUGUGGAGUAAAGCCCUCUGCCCUACACUCCAGUUCCCUCCACAAGCUGAGAAUGCCUUCCCCGUGCUUUGGUCUGGAGCUUGCUUCUCUCACUUGGAAGUGCUGGGGUGCUGCCCAGGACUGGGGGACACAGAUGAGGGAGAGUAACGAGGAGUAAUGUGUGAAAAGCAAGUGAGACUGUCUGACAAGGCUUCUCUCCUUAAGAUGACUUCAAUUGUGCAAUGACAAAUGGUUCUGGGCUUGUUGUCUGAAUGGCAGAUCAGAAGCAAGGGGAAGAGGGUGAGGCGCUGGGUCAGCCACGGUGACCACAGAGCAGACUGAGGUUGGGUUCUGAUGCUGUUGUGGUUAGAGUAUAUUGAACACAUGGCCUCUGCAGCACUGUUUAUUUUGUAACCUAGCUAUAGUAAACAGCUGUUUAAAGUAUUAUAGACCUAGCCAUGUGUAUUUUUCUUGUGGCAGAGUAUGCCAGCGAUUAAAAUAUGUUAAGAGACUCGGUUGCUAGGUCAGCUGCCUGGCUUAAAAUGGACAUGGUUUUACUCUGCUUUUGGUAGGUUUUUGUAUGUUAGAUAUGUGUGUUUGUUUCUUACUCCAAAAAGGACAACAUUCAUUUAUGACCACCUAUUUAUGCCUGCUCAGACCAGGGAGGGUGGGAGGGUAGUGGGAGAGAACACUUAAGGGAAUGAUGUGUCCCCAAAGGUAUAAAAGCACUGUCACACAAAGGACAAAAUUUGGUCAUUGCUGGACUGAAUACAAAAGCUACGUAAGUGUCACCAAGUUUUGGGAGUGGUGUCUCUCCCAUGAUUGGAAACCAUGUUAAUGUGUCCCUGUUAAAGGACAAACACCUCAGUCAGUGCUGCUGGAAUGGGUCACAGCUGUGGGAGCGGGUAAAGAGUAAGCUGUAAUUGCUACACUAUUGGUGGUCCACUCAGUUUGUGAGACCUGCUCAGUAAGUGUUGGUGAACACUUGCAGUUCAUUUUAAGUCAUACUACAUUGUUAUUGAUAUAGUUGAUGGAGUUUAACAUGUCCUGUAUAUCCCAUUUGUUACAGUUCUGAUCUGUAUUAGUCCCAGCUGCAUUAAAAUCCUGUCUCAAACCAGCCCCUUCCCCCAAACCGAAGCCAGUGCGCACUCAGUUGUCUGAAGCUCACAAAUUAAAAAUGACACGCCGACGCCCUGUGCAUGUCUCACAGUUCAGCAUCUGCAGCGAGUGAAACCAGCCUGCUGCUGGAGCCCCUCCCCGCCAGCCUCUUCGCAUGCAGCCACUUCAAGGGGUUAAUAUGUUCAGCACUGUUGCCAGCUGGGGCUUCAGAGCCACGGGUCUCCCUUAUGUGACACAGGCCUCCCUAAGAGGCUUUCAGGACUGAUCUCCACAAGAGCUCACCAAGCGGUUUACAGGGACUGGCGUGGGCAGGGUGAGGUUGGUCGGCUCUGACAACCAUGUUAUAUGAACGGAUGUCGCUUUUCUGCUGUGACCUUUCAGUGUGUUGGAAGUGCACAGGGAGGCUCCUCCCACAGGGAAUGCUUUAGGGGCUGUUGCUGCUGCCCUGUGGCAUUGUGCCAGCCCCAGGAUGAGUACAAUUCAGUGUUGUCUUGAGAGUGUGGGUGUGGGCGGGGUGCAGGGGGGGAAGGUGGCAAUAUAGUCUACUAAGACUCUGGGGAUCUCAGUCUCCACUUGAAAGGAAUGAACUGAAAGUCAGACGUUUUGGACCAGAGAGAGAAAAGCACCCUAAUAAAUUCACUUAAGAAAAAUGUGCAAGAAUCUUUACCUUUAAGCUAUGCCCUGCCUGGGUUUUUCACCAGUUUGCAAUAUGAAUAUGCUGCAGCUUAAAGCUCCUUCUAGGAGCUGUGUUUAUGUAAAAACUGAGUUGAGCUUGUAAUGGUUAAAACUGUAUUUAAUUCUUGUUUUAUAAAUGAAAAAAAAAUGAAGAAAUGCUUUAAGUAUAAUGUAAUUAUUUUAUAGGUCAACUAUUAAAUUAUAGAUUAAAUAAUAAAGCUACUCUAGGGUUAUAUGGCA